UUGGCAUUGGGUGGGGGCUAGGCAAUUUAUUUCUCUGUGCCCGUAACAGUACAAGCUGCUUGUAGCCGGUGUAGUCUACAUCAAAAAUGAGUAGAUUAAAAGCUCUCCCUCUUUUCUCUCUCCUCCUCUCUCUUUCAGCAGUUACAGUGCUAGGCCAGUCUAAUGGUGAGGUUCGUCUAGCAGUUAACGGGUUAGCAACAGGUUCAUAUACCUCUGGUCGUGUCCAGGUAUACUACAAGGGACAGUGGAGCAACAUAUGCAAUACUGGGUUUGGUAGCUAUGAAGCUAACGUGAUCUGUCACCAGUUGGGCUAUGAUUCAGCUGAUAACCACUCAUUCGCAGCAGUUGAUUCAUAUGGUAUAGAUGAUCAUCCUACAUUACUUGCUAAUGUAUCCUGUGCUAAUAACAAUCUGCAUAUAUUCCAAUGCUCAUACGAAGAGACCUUUAGCUGUGAUGAUCGCAACGAUGUAUCAGUCGCAUGCAGCUCAACACCAGUAUGGACCGAUCCCCAUCAAGAGCACCUACGUAUAAUACCCAGUAGAUACCCAUCAAUGGGACGACUGGAGAUAUACCUGUCAGGUGACUGGGACACUUUAUGUGACAAUGGGUUUGGAGAGGGAGAGGCUAACACUGCUUGCAGACAACUGGGAUAUACAUACGCACUUAAAUAUAACCACAUCUCAGACAUGGAGGGUGUUCAUGGAAGAACCACUCAGUAUACAUGUUGUUCAAGCAGCACUGACUGCAUUGAUUCUUGUUAUUGUAAUGAUGAUGGUGCAAAGAGAAGAAAAAGGAUCGAUAUAAUUUGUUCUCAUGAUGAUGAUGUUACAAUAGAAUGUGAUUUUGAUGAAAAGGAGAAAGAAGAUGCUGGCACAAGAGAUGAAUGCGACUUCACGCAUCUUGACAAGAUCAUUGGUACUAUUAUUGGACCAAUUUUUGGAGCAAUUGCAUUUAUUGUUAUUAUUUUUUUAUUACUCCUUUUCUUGCGGCAUCGGAUGAAAAAUGAAUAACACUACACACUUAGUUGUAUUAUGAAACUGAAUGAAUUAUUACUUAUAAUUUUCCAUGUUUUAUCUUUCUAAUCACUGGUAAAAGUAUUGUAGCAA